AUGGUGUCUUUCCCGCGGAUUGCCGCCGCAACGAGUUCCGCGAUCCUGAGGUUGGCGACCUUUCUAUUUCUACGAUGGGUCCCUGGUCAUCAUUUUCCGCCCGUUAUUUUUACAUCAUUGGCAGUGUACCUCGCAUCACUGCGGUCCUUAAUCUAUCAGGAUAUCGAGAGUGCUGCUCCGCGCAAUAAUGGACAAAAUGCCCGAGACUCCACAAGGAUGGAGCGCUCAUCUAAAGCUCAGCCGCUCAAGACGCUGUUGACUGGUUUGCCAUGUCGUCGAUCGCCCAUAGCGACGCGCCUGACAGCCUUGAUGAACAUUGUGCUUACGCUUUUGACUCUGGACUUCAUGCUACGAGGUGUGGUCUUCCACUCGGGCAAGAGUCUCACCUUUUCACGCAUCGGUUAUGUCUCUCCCACCACGGCCAAUCUGCUGGUACGAGAGCCCGAUUCCGCGCAACUUCCCCUGGUAAUCUACUAUCAGGAGAUAUUGGAAGAUGACCCAUCGAAAUGGGUCGAAGAGGGCAUCAUCUAUUCACUGGAUGACUCGACCGAUUACACGACGUCCGUGACCAUCCAGGGCCUGAAGCCGGCCUCCAGCUACCGCUACUCUCUGUCCAACAAGCAAGCAGGCACCUUCGUAACAGCUCCGCUGCCAGGCACGGAAUCGGCCAACAGACUGGCAUUCGUAACAUCGAGCUGUAUGAAACAGAACUUUCCGUACAACCCGCUGUCGCACUCGCUCCGUAUUCCCGGCAUUGAGACGAUGACCGAAACACUGGGCAAACUGCCUGACCUGCUCCGUCCCGCGUUCAUGAUGUUCCUCGGCGACUUCAUCUACGUCGAUGUGCCGCAGCGGUUCGGGUCGUCCGUGUCUCAUUACCGUAGCGAGUAUCGCAGGGUGUAUUCGUCGCCAUCAUGGUCCAAAAACGACGCCAUUGGCCUCCCCUGGAUACAUACGCUCGAUGACCACGAGAUUGCCAAUGACUGGUCCAAAGGAAACACCACUGCGCCCUAUCCCGCCGCCGCUGACCCCUAUAUCCAUUACCAUGUCAGCGUGAAUCCUCCCAUCCCACCGAUGGCGUUCGCCAAGCCCGAGAACACGACAUACUUUUCGUUUAUCCACGGCCCAGCCUCCUUCUUCAUGCUCGACACGCGCGCCUAUCGCUCCGAGCCGGCGCAAGUCAACUCGACCAUGCUGGGAUCCGCCCAACUUCAAUCCCUCCUCGCGUACCUCGCCCGCCCCGAACCCGCCGAAGUCCGCUGGAAGAUCGUCGCCUCCAGUGUCCCCUUCACCAAGAACUGGCACGUCGGCACCACCGACACCUGGGGCGGGUUCCUGCACGAGCGCCGCACCGUCUUCGAAGCCAUGUGGCGCGCUGAGCGCGAGCUCGGCGUCCGCGUCGUCCUUCUCAGCGGCGACCGCCACGAGUUCGGGGCCACCCGCUUCCCUGACCCGACGCUGGAUUACACCGGCGAGGAUCUCCUGGCACACACGGCGGGAGAAGGCGUCCACGAGUUCAGCGUCGGCCCGCUGAACAUGUUCUAUCUGCCCAUCCGCUCAUACCGACAGACCGACACCGAGGAUGUGGCGGUCAAGUACGUCCCCGACGGCAACGUCAAGUACGGCCAUAUUGACAUCAGCAUCCAAGACGAGGAGAUCGACACCGCGUCCGGUACGACGGUCACGGUCCCGAGUUCCGUCCUGACGUAUACCCUCUGCGUGGAGGACCAGGUUGUGUGGAAAUACAAACUCAGCGUUCCCUUGCCCGAGUACGAUUCCCUGAUGCAAGCGUCGUCCGCCAAGCAUCCGCGACUGCCUCCUGGCAAGGUCCUGGUGGACAAUCGGAAAGCGGAAGGAUGGCAGGCUGCCAUACAGACCUUGGUGGGUCGGUUUGAGGAGGCGGCCCGCCAGUUUGCACACCGGGCCUUGGACGAAUUCUAUGAGUUGCUGGAUAAGACUGAGAGAGCGGAGAGAUUAAAUUAA